CUCCACCAGCAAUGGAAGAUCGCCUUUGACGUCACAAGGGAAGACAAUAAAUUCACUCUAAUCUACAUACAUAGUAGAAGUAGAGCUUAAUCACACAUCAACAAGAUUACGUGACAAAAAAACAUCAAAUUCAUCGUUUAUUAGAGCAACAGUUUGUUAAAAGAGAUCGAAUUUUCGAUUGAGGAUUGCAGAUUUGACAAAAGGAGAUAAAAAAUGAGGGCGUUGGUAGAUUCACUUGGGCUUUUGUUCAUGAUUUCGAUGUUCAGUGCUUGUAACGGGCUAUCUACUCCUCGAAUCAUUGAACGCAUGCACAUCAGCAGUAGUGGUAGCAGCAACAGCAGUUAUUUGACCAAGGAUGAGCUCUGGUUCAAUCAGACGCUCGAUCAUUUUUCCCCUUACGAUCAUCGUAAGUUUGGGCAGCGGUAUUACGAGUACUUGAACGAAUUCAAGCUUCCCCAUGGUCCAAUCUUCUUAAAAAUAUGUGGUGAAGCUGCAUGUAACGGGAUAUCAAAUGACUAUAUGAGCAUUUUGGCAAAGAAGUUUGGAGCUGCUUUAGUUACACUUGAGCAUCGAUACUACGGAAAGAGUUCUCCAUUCAAAUCUCUAACAACCAAAAACCUAAAAUUUCUUUCAUCUAAGCAGGCACUGUUUGACUUAGCUGCUUUCCAUCAAUUCUAUCAGGAAUCAUUAAACUCAAAACUCAACAGAACAAAUAUUGAAAAUCCAUGGUUUGUGUUUGGUGUUUCUUAUGCUGGAGCUCUUAGCGCAUGGUUUCGUUUGAAGUUCCCUCAUCUCACAUGUGGGAGUCUUGCAAGCUCUGCUGUAGUUAAUGCUGUUUACAACUUCACUGAAUUCGACCAACAGGUUGGUGAGUCAGCAGGACCUGAAUGUAAAGCUGUAUUACAAGAAGUUACUCAACUUGUUGAAGAAAAGCUUGCAUCUAAUAGUAACGCAUUGAAGACCACAUUUGGUGCUACUCAGCUAAAAAUAGAUGGUGACUUCUUGUAUUUUCUAGCGGAUGCUGCAGCCAUAGCUUUUCAAUAUGGGAAUCCGGAUAAACUUUGCACACCAAUGACUAAAGCUAAAAAGGCGGGAGAAGAUCUAGUGAAUGCAUAUGCAAAAUACGUGAAGGAAUAUUAUGUAGGAAGUUUUGGAGCUGAAGUUGAAUCAUAUAACCAAGAAAAUCUUAAAAAGACAAACCCAAGUAUGUAUGAAUCUGGUGAUCGAUUAUGGUGGUUUCAAGUUUGUAGUGAAGUUGCAUAUUUCCAGGUGGCACCUUCAAAUGAUAGCAUUCGCUCUUCAAAGAUUGACAUAAGGUAUCAUUUGGAUCUAUGUAAAAAUGUAUUUGGAGAAGGUGUGUAUCCACUUGUUAAUGCUACAAAUCUUUACUAUGGGGGCAAAAACAUUGCUGGAUCAAAAAUAGUUUUUACAAAUGGGUCACAAGAUCCAUGGAGACGAGCAUCAAAGCAAGUGUCAUCUGAAAGCAUGCCAUCAUAUAUAAUUAGUUGUCAUAAAUGUGGUCAUGGAAGUGAUUUAAGAGGUUGCCCACAGUCUCCUUCGCCUCCUGAAGGAAGCUCAAAGGGGUGUAGUUCACCGGAUGUGGUUGACAAAGUAAGACAUGAGAUUGUAGAACAGAUAGACUUAUGGUUGGCUGAGUGUCAUGAUUUUGGUAAGUGUUCAAGCCAAUAAGUCUUCAGAAGAACAUGUGGAUAGUUGCUUCAUUCAUGAUCUUAAUUAUCUGUUUUUAGUGAGAUUGAGAGAUGAUGAUGCAAAUAAGACAUGCAAUGUAUCAAAACC